AGGUGAGAGGGGUCUAAUGCUUAGAAGAAAAAAAAAUCACACACACGACAUUAGACCCAAGGAAAAGCUUUUUAUCAUAUAUGUGUGUGUGUGUAUAUUAUAUAUACACAUAAAUAUAACAGGCAAUCUUUUUUGAAGAGCCUAAGAAAAAAAAAGCUUAAAAGCUUGUUGCAGAAAGCUUAAAGGGCUUUUUUACUCUCUCUCUCUCUCUCUCUCUCUCUCACCAUAUUUUCUUGCUCUGCUGCUAGUAAAGCUGAAACUCCCACUAUUCCCAAAAAUAAAGAGAGAGAGAGAAUCCUUCAGGACAGAUUGAAAUUUCCUCUGUCCUUUGUUUUUCUUUCUCUCACCAGUCGGAUCAUCACUUCAACCACCAGAACCGAAAACACAGCACAAAGUCAAAAAAGGAAGAGGAGGCCAAUCGAUGAGAACAGGAGCCAUGCUGGAAGCCAACAAGAACAACAUCCAAAGCACUUCCACAUGUUGCGUUGUUCCAGAUUCUUCUUCUUCUGAUCCUUUCCCUUCUUCUUCAGAGAAUGGGGUCACCACCACCACUCAGAAGAGGAAAAGAAGACCUGCUGGUACACCAGAUCCAGAUGCAGAAGUGGUAUCGCUGUCACCAAAGACUCUUCUCGAAUCAGACAGAUACGUCUGCGAGAUCUGCAACCAAGGGUUUCAGAGAGAUCAGAACCUGCAGAUGCACCGGAGACGGCACAAGGUCCCGUGGAAGCUUCUGAAGAGAGACAACAACCACGAAGUGAAGAAAAGAGUGUACGUUUGUCCUGAGCCGACAUGUCUCCACCACGAUCCUUGCCACGCUCUCGGCGAUCUCGUGGGCAUAAAAAAACACUUCAGAAGAAAACACAGCAACCACAAACAGUGGGUCUGCGACAGAUGUUCCAAAGGCUACGCCGUGCAGUCCGAUUACAAGGCUCAUCUCAAAACUUGCGGCACCAGAGGCCACUCCUGCGAUUGCGGCCGCGUCUUUUCCAGGGUGGAGAGUUUUAUUGAGCACCAAGACAGCUGGCCCCCGCACCCGCUGGUGGCGGCAGUGGCCACAGCCUGUUCGUCAAGAACGGCCUCAACCGCUAGCACACCGUCCAGCGACGCCAACUACGCAGCCGCGUCAGCCCCGCCACUGGUCGGCCGACCAGUCCCGAUCUCGUCAACUCCUCCUGUUUUCAUCCGUUCAUCAACUGGGAACACGAUGAACAACAACAACAACGUUAACCUCGAACUCCAGCUUCUGCCAUUAAUGUCCAACAAUCAAAACCCUAACCUAAAAAUAUCCGAAAAAGAACCCUUUGGCGCCAACUUGAACCUCUCCAUAGCCCCGCUAUCACAUCCUCGGAACAUCGUCGAGAACAACAUGUACAGCAUCAGAAACAAGAGUUCCGGUUCUAUGGUCGAACGAAUAAAGGAGCUGGCGAGCGAGGAGAUGAAGACGGCGAUGAAGGAGAAAGCUUACGCAGAGGAAGCGUGGCGAGAGGCGAAGCGGCAGAGAGAGAUGGCAGAGACGGAGUUCGCCAAUGCCAAGAGAAUAAGGCAACAAGCUCAAGCUGAACUGGAAAGGGCUCAGCUUCUGAAAGAACAAGCCGCGAAGAAGAUAAGCGCGGCGAUGAUGCACGUCACUUGUCCGGCUUGUAAAGGGCAUUUUCCGGCGACGGCUGCGGUGUUCCUUCCACCGCCUCCGGCGGAUGAAACGUCGGUGGUUGUCAGUUACGUGUCGUCGGCCAAUACAGAAGGGGAGUGAUUCGCCUGAUCGGAGAACGAACACGUGUUGUGUUCUAGGGAAGUUAAUUACGAGAGGAAAAAAGAAAAAGGAUUAAAGAACAUCUUUUUUUUAAUCUUUUUUUUUUGUAAUAUUUUUGCGUUCUAUUUCGCUCUCGCUUAUGUUAAUUUUUACUGAUUAUUUAUAUAUAUGAGUGGGUUGUGAGUUUA